AUGAACUCAAUCAAGAGCGAAUUAUCGACAUGUAUAGGAAAUGCUCGCUUAAAAGAAAUACUUUCUUCUAUAGAAAGUUAUAUAGGCUUGCCUGAAGCGGAAAAUACUGCUUUACUACACACAAUUGCAAACAACAUUUUACCUACCUUUUGGGAAACUGAGAAUGGAAGUUCGUUUAUUCAAGAUCUUCUAGUCAAUUGCUUUGCAACCUUCCCUGGCCUCAAGGUACUUUGUGCUCGAUUGGAUGAGCUUAUAUAUGAUGAUCAACCAAAUGCAGGUUUUAUCGGUACGCUAUAUCUAGAUGUUGUGGAAGCUUCGUUUAAGAAGAUGGAUUUAAAGAAAGCUCAAAACACUAUUAUGACCUCGAAUUUACCUGAAUCCAAAAAACGCUCAGCAUGGUCGAGCUUUACAUUUUUUCUUGGUAAUUUCGGAAUCAUCAACUCCUCUGCAGCUUUUAUCUCUAAAUAUAAUAUCUCAAAAACAUACAAUGUCUCUUCUAUGGCUAAGUACUCUGAAAUCCUGAGUAAAAAGAUUGCCAACUUACUAGAACAUCAAAAUGGUUCAAUCAUCACGGACUUUUCUGAUUUAUAUCAUUAUUUAUUGCGUCCGGGGCAACAAAAAACAGCAGUCUAUUCUUUAAUUCCUCGUUUACAGACAUAUUCACCUUCGUUUCAAAAAUUGUUUCGUUCGUUAAACACCCUAGAUCGCAAUACGUUUUUAACAUGCUUGCUUUUAGAAUUUGACAAGAAGUACUCUGCAUCUACUUCUCAGAAUUUUGAAAAUUCAGAGUCUAUUCCAGGAGCACUGGCCACGUUGCUUCGACUUAAUUUUCUGCCGAGCGAUUUUUUACAGUGGCUGGAGUUUAACUGGGAGAUCCCUCUAAAUCUUAAUUUGAUGCGGUCUGUAGCUUUAAGUUGCUCGGCUUCUUAUAAGAAAGAAGAAAAUGUCAAGCUUAAACAGACUGUUCAUGCGUUAUUUACAACUUGGUCAGCUUCUCAUUUUUUAAAAGCCUAUUCAGUAGUGUCUCAGGAGAGUUUGACUAUUUAUCUAAUUUUAAUGUUUUCAAAACUAGACAAAGAAUUCCUCCAUGAGUGUUCAAAGUCGUUUUUGUUCACAAAUGGGAUUUCCAAUAGACUUGAAAGUUUAGAUGAAAGCAUACGUUUACAUGGAAUGGUUUUAGCUGAGAUUGUUGCUAAAUAUUCUCUUGUUUCUGAGAAUAAAUCACUGAAAUUCGAUGUUCCCUUAAUGGCUAGUCCGAAAGCUACCCAUCUGAAAAAUUUAACUGAUUUGGACGAUCAGUUCCAGUCUUUGGAUUUGCUGUCUUCACAGCUUCACCCUUUAAAAAACGAGAAGAAGCAUACCACGAAUGAUGAAGCUGUUACUGCUCGAGAAUCAUCGUCCAUCAGUAAAUCCGCUAAGAACAAUAGCAAUCAUUUCGAACGGAAUUUAGAUAUUGAUGAUCUUCAGCCGCAUGAUAUUACUGAUUCUGAGAGUGAAGAUUCGGCAGAUGAUCCUACCCUUUCACAAACAAAGGUAGAUGCACCCAAAUAUAUACAGAGUUUAUGUCGAUUACUACUAGACACCGAAAGUUAUAAUAAACAGAAGGUAGCCCUUGAGGCUGCCCCCGGAUUGAUCCAAAGAAAGUCAGUAUUUGGAACGGAAGUUAAAGAUCAUGCAAAAUGGUUAUUGGAAAUUUUGGUUGGACUUCAAAAUCGGUUUGACUUACCAAACUUUGAUGGGCUACAGCUUUCUUCCUUAUGCAAUCUUCUUUCUGCCUGUCCGGAAGUUUGCGGUCCCGAGAUAUGUUCUAUUUUGUUUAUUGGCGACUUUUCUUUACGACAGAAAACUUUGAUAUUAUCAAGUAUAGCCAUGGCUGCGGUUUCUUUAGCUAAUGAUGAAAAUAAGCUCGAAUUUCCCACAAAAAAGCUACCUGAAGCACUUCAUAAUCAGUUUUUCUCCAAUACACUUGAUAGGUUGAGUUUUGACUUUGAAAAGAAACUAACGAUGCCGAUUGUGGAAGAAUACGAGGAUAAAAUUGAGGGACCUAAGCCAUUACAGACUAGGAUUAUUUCCAGACAAAGGGAAAUUGAGUCACGUAGAAGCUCUCCCAAAGCUAAUAAGCUGUCCAAGAUAGUCGAUAACUCCUUGUUUUUGUUAUUGACCAAUGGCUUUAUGAUGGCAGUCAAGCGUUCCUCGUUCACUGAUCCUUUGUUUUUGGUGUACUAUCUGAAAACUAUGGGAAUACUAUUUUCACAAAGCUGUAACUCAAAACUUGAAGGGUUAAGCCGGAUGAUAGAUGAAUAUAUUACUGUCUUAACCGAAGUUUGUCGCCUCAAAGUCGAAAGCCCGGAGGUCAACGAGGCUCUUUUGUUCAAUUUUUUGGCAAUCUUAGAAUUAUCUCCAGGACCUUUUUUAGCUUCACAACACGGAAAAUCGCUAUUGGGAUUCGAAGCGUAUACACAAUUUUUGUUUAAUUCUGCCGACAGUGGGGAAAAAGUGAAGUCAGUUGCGGCAAUGGUGUUAUUAGAAUUUGAAAAAAGAAUGAAAGAUUACAGGACUCUUGCAUUAGAAAAGAUACUUGACGAUUCAUCUAAUUUAUCCUUAGGAAGGUUUGGUUUAGCCGGAAUUUAA